AUGAUCUUUUCUACUUCAUUGAUAAUAUCGAUAUUAUCAUCGACGGCGGUCGCCUUCGACCCAUCCAAGAGGGAAUUACACCCUCAUAAUAUAAACAACCCCCACAGGAGUAAUUUCAAAAGAGAAAUCAUCUCAGACGCCUCAAAAGUAGAUGGCAAUGCGUAUGAUUUCGUGAUUGCGGGUGGUGGUGUAGCGGGUUUGACGUUAGCUGCCAGAUUGAGCGAAUGGUCAAAUGUCACGGUACUGUGUAUAGAAGCUGGUGGGGAUGGUUCAGAUGUAGAAGCGAAGAUUGAUACUCCAGGUUAUUCGUAUCUGAACUCGUUGACCGGUUCAGCGUACGAUUGGGCUUAUAACACUGUUGCACAAACCGAUUCUGGGGGUGCUACAAAAUACUGGCCAAGAGGAAAAGGUUUGGGUGGGUCGGGUGCUAUCAACGGAAUGUUCUGGGGUAGACCAAGUGAACCCGAGUUUGAUGCUUGGGCGACUCUUAACCCUAACACUGACGAGACCUGGGAUUGGGAUGAGAUCAACAGAUAUAUCAAAAAGUCCGAAAACUACACUGCUCCCACUGCCGAUGUCAAAAGCAAAUUCUCGAUGACUUCCGAUCCUUCUUUGCAUGGUUCCGGUGGUCCCAUUCAAGUUGGUCACACACAGUAUAUAUUCGACGAAGUGGCCAAGUGGAUCCCUGCAUGGAUCACCUUGGGAUUCCAAUCCAUCGAUAACGCAGCUGGUGUCUCAAGAGGAGCAUGGUUGUCCACUUCCACCAUCAACGUUAAGAAUCAAACUCGAUCAGAUUCCAAAGCUGGUUAUAUCGAUCCCCUUCCACCCAGGUCCAACUUGGUCAUCUUGACUGGUCAACAGGUGACUGAAGUCAUCUUCAAUGGCACGAAAGAUGCAAAUGGAAAUAUCAUUGCGAGUGGUGUGACCUUCCAAGCUAGCAAAGGUGCGCAGAGCUAUUCAGUCCAAGCCAACAAGGAGGUUUUACUUGCCGGUGGUACUAUUGGAAGUCCUCAGAUCCUUCAAUUGUCUGGUAUCGGACCGGCGGAGACCCUUGACGGUCUCAACAUCGAUACUAAGCUGGAUCUCCCCGUCGGUUUCAACUUGCAAGAUCAUGUUUCGUACUCCAUGUACUGGUCUACACCACAAGGAACUUUCACUUGGAACAACCUGAGUACCUCUGCCGACCUCAAGGCUUCAGCUCAAACCGAAUACGAUAACUACAAAACUGGUCUUUGGACGUAUGUCAACGAGGCUGUGGGUUAUCCUUCCAUGAAUGACAUUAUGGACUCGGAAGACGAAGCUACCUCUUACGCUACCAACAUCGCCGAUCAAAUGAACACCACUAUUGCUAACGUCAAAUCAUGGCUCGAUCUCCCCGACACAGUGGUCACCGGAUUGCAGGCGCAAUACAAUAUCAUGCAACAAUGGUUCACUUCCGAUGUCGGUCAAUUGGAGAUUAUCCUUACUAUGCUUGGUAAAGGCGGAAAUGAAAUGGGCAUUCAGGUCGCACUUCAACAUCCAUGGUCUAGAGGAAAGAUCUUGAUCUCAUCCACUGAUCCUUUCACUCAACCUGAUAUCAACCCGGACUACUUUGGUGUAGGAUAUGAUAUCGAUAUCAUGUCUUAUGGAUCUGCUUUUGCCAGAAAACUCGCAGCCGCUUCACCCCUUAGCGAUGUCAUGAUCACCGAAGUAUACCCUGGUCCUACUGUUACUGGAGACGCUCUGAACAACUACACCAAGACCAACUGCGGUACCGAAUACCACCCAAUGGGAACUUGUUCGAUGUUACCUAAAGAUUCAGGUGGUGUAGUAGAUACCACUUUGACAGUUUACGGUACUGGCAAUUUACGAGUGAUCGAUACUUCCAUUGCGCCUUUACAUAUCUCUGCGCACACCAUGGCCGUCACAUAUGGUAUCGCUGAAAAAGCUUCAGAUAUCAUAAAGAAGAAACACUGGAAACAAGUCGUUCAGCAGAAUACUACUUCGACCGCGGCUGGUUCAGACGAAGCUUCCACUGCCUCUGCUGGCAAAGCGACCGACACCUCGGUGACCAAUGCUAAUGCUGAUGCGGCCUCGAGCUCAUCAAGCUUAUCGAGCGGUGCAAAGAUCGGUAUUGGUAUCGGUGUAGGUAUCGGAGCUGCUGUUGGUCUUGCUGCUUUGAUUUUAUUCUUCUGUUUGAGAAAGAAGAAGACCGGUGCGGCUGCGAACGAGAAAGGUUGGUAUGAUCAGAGGAAUGUUCAAGGUGGUUGGGAUGAUGGAGCUGCAGGUGCAUACAAAGAAGGAUACGCUACUCCAUCUCAUCAGCCACAAGCUUACCCUAUGGCAGCAUUCGAUAAUCACGGAUCAUCCUCUGUCGCGGCUCCCUUCGCGGCCCACUCUCGAACUCACUCAGUCGAUACGAUGGCCACCGCCGAUUUAGCCUCCAGAAUACCACAGUCUCACUCUGGAUAUGGCUUGAGCGGCUCGUCAACUCCAUAUAGGGAUGACCACUCGGAUGACGGACAUCAUUAUCCUGCGCCUCAGGGGGCUGCGGCUGCUUGGCCUACUCAACAGACUUACCAACCUGUUAACUUGCGAUAA